CUCGAACACCCCGCAUCGAUUGUAAACAAAGUAGACCAGCUGGUGAGACCCUAAGGCCGCUAUAAAGCUUCCUUCUGUCGAGUGUGAACAAACACAACACUGCCACGCUGCACAAGCUUGACGAGCCCCGGUAAACACGCCAAUGAAGGAGACCGUACUCGUCAGACAAAGUCCAGAUUAAGUUUAUAUUAUCAGGCCGGACAAGAUGGCCGAAGGGGACAACACAGACGACCUCCAGACCCUGAUCCGUGCCGACGACCUGGAGGGCAUUACCGAGGAACCCGUCAGCAGUUGUGUGGCCCACAACCCGCCUUCUCUCUUACAACAAGUACCGUCUGUCUGGUACCUCCCCCUGCAGUGUGCUGCCCUCGUGCUCGUUACAACAGCUCUUGUUGUCCUUCUGCCAGUUUACCUUGAGACCGUCAACGUGGCGGGAGACGCGUACUCUGCCCUCAUCUUCACCUCCGUCUUCACAGCCUUACCCAUCGUCGUCCUGGUACAGAUCCGCUAUAGUUACUUCUGCCAGAUAUCAAGACUGGGUCCUUCAUCGCCCUCGGCCAUACUCAAGACGGGGUUCUUCCACGGCGUCUCCGUCCUGAUGAUCGUCUACGCCCUCGAUAGGAAGAGGGUGGUGUGCCAUGCCCAGGAGCCUCUUAUGGGGCUAAUGGUUAUGUAUAUGAUAAUUAUAUACUUCUUCUAUAAGGGUCCAGGUGAGUGUGUGUGUAAUAGUGAUAAUUAGGGGUUUAUUGAGAUAACUUGGCACCUGAAAAUAUACAGCGAUGAUAAGUGGUGAGGUCAGGGAGUGGGUCACAAAAGCUUACAAUACAAAACAUAAGAAACAUAGAGUCAACAUAUAGAUUAACUGGUCUUGUAAACAUUCUUGUGACCUCAUUGGAUGGCCAUUGCAUUGUACCUGGGUGCUAAUC